AUGGUCCUCGUUGCCUGGCAAUCUUCGAGUCACAGAUCGAUCUCGAUUCAUCCCAGCUCCGCUUACGUCGAGAUCAAGCGUCCGAAAUGGGUAACUACUGCUGCUGUUGCCCACGAUCAGAAGAGGAUUCGGAUCGAGGCGAUGCCUCCCGUGAGUCCAUCCGACAUUGUCAGUAGUCGGGCGCCUCCACAGGAUCCAAAUGAAAUUGUGACGUAUAUGGAAGCAGGGUCGUCAGCUGUCGACGGGGAAAACCCUGCAUGGCCCACAUCAAAAGGCCACUCCCUCAAGAAGAGGUUCAUGCCGAGCCUUUUUAAGAAGAAAAGCGCCUCGUCGGAAAGAGUGGGGAUGGGGCUCAUCUCCGAGCAGCCGCUCCCAUUCAAGAAGAGAGAGAAAGUCCAUGCUACACCCUCUCCCCCCCGCACCGAUUCCGCCGAUCUUCCUGGUUCCUCCCGUGAUGCCCGUGGGGCAGAAGGAGAUCGGGCCGAGGCAGAUGCCUCCCCCCCGUUUCCUGCCUCCUUCGACCACGAAGCAGCCGCACGUCCCGAAGAGAGCGUCUUCACACCGUCCAUCUCCUUGUCCGACGACAAGCGUGUGUUUUCCUGGAAGAGGCACCUGGCUUUGCCCAUGAAACCCAGUGGGCGUCUCCCGGUCGUGGGUGUGGGUGAGAUGAUGUUCACAUCCAGGCCUGGUGUGCUUGCGUUCGGGGUGAGAUUGCUUGACCCCCCAAUACCAUCGAGUCGUGUCAUGGAGUUGGAGGAAUAUAUGGUGAAUCUGAGUCUCCUUCCCCCUCGUGUGGAGGUCUCCUGCAAAUCAUCGGCGAUGCUCGUGUCCAUCUUCUUGCCUCAACGCUCCUGGCUUCUGCCGCCCGAGCUGGCCGUCGCUGCGUUCUUCGAGGACGACUGCAUGAUGCUGAAUAUGCAACACCGUGUCGGAUCUGGAACGGAGGAGACCAAGAAAAUCUGUCGCCGCUACCAUCAUCCAGUGUUGCCCAUCAAAGUCACCGUGCUGGAAAGUCCUGGCCGCACUGCGAUGGCGAUGUCGGUGGAUUAUGAUGCUGUAGAUGAUCUCUUCCCGAGUCUCAGCCGCUACCUCGGUUCGGGGACGACAGGAAAAAAAAGAAAUGAGCACAUGGAGGAUGAGGAAGGAGGAUGCCUCAUUCAAGACCUCAUCUGA